AUGGAUAAAGAGUUAAAUGUUACCUUUCUAACUCUGGACUGGUACACGGAAAUUAACAAGUACAGAUAUAUUUUCUUUUUUAUUAUGUUUACACUAUAUAUUCUAAUAAUCUGCACUAAUUCUACUAUUCUGUAUCUCAUCUGGAAUCAUAAAAACCUCCAUGAGCCUAUGUACAUUUUCAUUGCAGCAUUGCUACUGAACUCUGUUCUUUACAGCACAACUGUUUACCCAAAACUGCUGAUUGACUUUUCAUCUGAAAAACAAGUCACAACAUAUUCAGCCUGUCUCUUUCAGUUCUUUAUAUUUUACACUCUAGUUUUAUCAGAGUUCCUUCUGUUGGCUGCCAUGGCCUAUGACAGAUAUGUGGCUAUAUGUAAACCUCUGGAAUAUCAAACUAUCAUGAGAAAAACUACUGUGGGUAUUUUCCUGGUCGUGGCUUGGCUUGUACCUGCUUGUCAAGUUGCUGUCCAAGCAAUAGCAAGUGCUGAAGCUAAACUGUGUGACUCUAAUAUAAAAGGAAUAUUUUGUAAUAAUGCAGUUUACACUCUUCAGUGUGAAAGAUCAAAAUUAAUUACCAUCUUUGGUGUGGUCAUUGUAUUAGAUCUUGCAAUUCUUCCUAUGCUCUUUAUAGUUUUCACAUACACAAAAAUCUUUAUAGUUUCUCAUCGAAGUUGUAAAGAAAUUAGGAAGAAAGCUGCAGAGACUUGUUUACCCCAUCUCUUAGUUUUAUUAAGUCUCUCUGUGUUUUUUGUGUAUGAUGUAAGCAUAGCUCGUGCAAAUCCAGAUUUUCCAAAAACCACACGCAUAAUAAUGACAUUACAAAUAAUGCUCUAUCAGCCUUUGCUAAAUCCAUUCAUUUAUGGACUCAAAAUGAAGGAAAUUUCUAAACAUCUAAAUAAGCUGCUUUCUCAGACCAACAUCAGUCCUUGUAUUAAAACUUAA